UUUCGUGUCAUUUGUUAUCGGAUUAAAUUUUCGUCUGGCAACACUCAUCGUUGAUUGUAGAGAGUGAAAAGAGGGUUCCGGUUUUUUACUGACAUUUAUUAAAUUAAUAAUAUAUGAGUAAAUUUCAGUAUUUUUAAAGCAUAAUUUCAAAUAACGAAGAAAUGUUUAAUACCUGUAAUACUGUUGAGUUAUUCAAAUCAACACGUUUUGUUUUUGGAACGAUUUUCGAAAUAAAAAUCGAAAGCAUUUGUAAAGAACGCAUUUAUUUGUUUUGAAGUUUGAAUGUUUAUGAAAAUUUAUUUGGUAUUACGAAGACCAAGACUUUUUCAUAUAUUUAGCAAAAUGGAACAGUUACCUCAGAGAAAAUGUGAAUGGAGACGAAGUCAUAAAGAUUCGAAUUAUGGUGAGGGCGAGAGAAAAUUUUCUCGGCAUCCGAGUCAUCUGAAAGGAAAAGAGAUCGGGUUGUAUUAUGCCAGAUUAAGAAGAGAGAAGCAGAACGAUUCUGAUGAUGUUUCGAGACGUAAUAAAAGGCUCAUGAAGUCUGAGAAUGAAAAUCCUACAUCUAAAGUCUAUAUGAAUGUACAGAAAGAAAAACACGUUGAAGAUCUUCUUCUUCAUAUGAGAAAUACAAAAUUACCGUCUCGUAGAUAUUCUCUCGAAACUGAAGACAUGGACACGACAAGAGCGUGUUCUUCUAAUAGUGUAGUGAACCAGAGUGUUUUGAGAUCUAAUCGUUUAAAAGUGAAUACAUUUUUAGAUGAACAAUAUAAAGAUAAAUUGGAAAGCAAAAUGAAUGAUGAAGCAUAUAAAGAAAUGCUAAAAUUCAGAAAAAAAUUACCAGCUUAUUCUAUGAGAGAGGAUAUAUUAGAUUUAAUUGAAAGUAAUCAAAUUGUAGUCAUCACGGGAGAAACUGGAUGUGGAAAGACUACACAAGUUACUCAGUUUAUUCUUGAUUAUUAUAUUAUGAAUGGAGAGGGAUCUACUUGUAAAAUUGUUUGUACUCAACCGAGAAGAAUUAGUGCAAUUGCUGUAGCGGAGCGAGUGGCUCAAGAACGAGGAGAAAAAUGUGGCAAUGAUAAUAGUGUGGGAUAUCAAAUUAGAUUAGAACAUAAAUUACCACGUGAAACCGGCUCUAUACUCUACUGUACUACGGGAAUAAUGCUUCAGAGGUUACGAUCUGAUCCUGAUUUACUGCAAAUUUCGCAUUUAGUUCUUGAUGAAAUUCAUGAAAGAACGUUAGAGUCUGAUUUCUUAUUGAUCAUAAUGAAAGAUCUGCUACCAAAACGUCCCAAUUUGAAACUAAUAUUAAUGAGUGCUACGAUGAAUGCAGAAAUGUUUUCGGAAUAUUUUAAUAACUGUCCAAUGUUAAACAUACCAGGUUUUACUUAUCCUGUAGAAGAAUAUAUGCUAGAAGAUGUAUUAGAGAUGACGAGGUAUACUCCUAAACAGCAACCUAAUAAAAUAAUUGAUUCCAAAUGGAAAAGAUAUACAAAAAAAGGAAGGGAACAAAUUCGCAAGUAUGAAGAAAUGCAAGAAAAUAUUUUAAAAUCAUUGAUGGGCAACUAUUCUGCACAUACAGUUAAAGCACUUAGUAAUUACGAUGAAGAUGAUAUAGAUUUUGACUUAAUAGUUGAAUUAAUAAAAUAUAUUUGCAGAAGUCAAGGUGAAGGUGCUAUAUUAAUAUUUUUACCAGGUUGGGAUCAGAUAAGCAAACUUCAUACAUUUAUAACAAAUGAUUAUUUUUUUAAUUCUUCACAAUAUCUUAUAAUUCCUUUGCAUUCCUUGAUGCCAACUGUCAACCAAAAAGAAGUAUUCAACCAACCUCCUUUAGGAGUAAGAAAAAUUAUUAUUUCGACCAACAUUGCAGAGACUAGCAUUACUAUCGAUGAUGUUGUCUUUGUAAUUGACAGUGGAAAAAUUAAAAUGAAUAAUUUUGAUACAGAAAAUAAUAUUGCGACUUUAAAGCCAGAAUGGAUUGCCCGUGCGAAUGCUUUGCAAAGAAGAGGUAGAGCAGGAAGAGUACAGCCGGGCAUCUGUUAUCAUUUAUUCACUAAAUGGAGAGAAUCACAAUUGAAAGAUUAUCCAUUACCUGAAAUCCUUAGAAUAAGACUUGAAGAGCUUUGUCUAAAAAUAAAACUUUUAGAAUUAGGUGACAUAACUGCAUUUGUUAGUAAAGCUAUUCAGUUACCACACAUGAAAACUUUACAGUCAUCGAUUGAACUCUUAAAACAGUUGAAUGCAUUUGAUGACAAUGAGAAUCUUACAUCUUUGGGCUAUCACCUUGCCAAGCUUCCUCUUGAUCCUCAUACUGGUAAAAUGAUUUUAUUUGGUGCUAUAUUUUCUUGCCUGGAUCCCAUUUUGACAGUUGCUGUCAGUUUAAAUUUUAAAGAUGCCUUUAUUAUACCUCUGGGAAAAGAGCAAUUAGCAGAUUCAAAGAAGAAGGAAUUAGCUGCAGAUACACAAAGUGACCAUCUCAUGCUCAUACGGGCAUUUCGAGGAUGGGAAAAUGCAGUGACAACAAGACAGGAAUAUCAGUUUUGCAGACAAUACUUCUUAUCGGCUUCAACGUUAAGAAUGUUGAAUAAUAUGAAGAAACAGUUUGCUAGAUAUCUCCAUGAAUUGCAUUUUCUUCAUUGUGAUUAUCUGAAACAUCCAGAUUUUAACAUAAAUUCAAAUAAUGAUGCACUCAUAAAAGCCAUCAUCUGUGCCGGUUUAUAUCCAAAUGUUGCUAAGUUGAAGUUUCCAAAAGAAAGAAGGCAAAAUCAUCAUGCCCCACCUAAAAUGUAUACACCAGAAAACGGACGGAUUGCAUUUCAUCCAAAAUCUGUCAAUUACAGAGAAAAAACAUUUAAAACACCUUGGUUAGUUUACCAUAAAAAAGUACAGAGUACAGAAAUAUUUUUACAUGAUGCCACUAUCAUUAAUCCUUAUCCAUUGCUAUUCUUUGGUGGAAAAAUAUCUAUUGGUAAAAAAGAUUUGUAUGAAACGGUAACUGUGGAUAAUCAUAUUGUUUUCCAUUGUCCAGAAAAAAUUGCUAAACUUGUUAUUGAACUUCGACAAGAAUUAGACAAACUUCUUGCACAAAAAAUAGCUCAUCCUGGAGUAACAAAUUGGAAUAAACAUGAUGCAGAAUGUGAGCUGCUUAAAACAAUUAUUGAUUUGAUUACACAAGAAGAAACUUGUGAUUUUUCAAAUGAUAUAUGAUUGUACAUAUAUAUAAGCAUAUUUAGUUAAGUUAUAUCAUUUUUCUUGAAAAAAAAAUUAACUCCACAUUUAUUUUAUAAGUGAAUUAGUUGCAAAAUUUACCUUUAUUAAAACUGAUUUAUUUGUUAAAUUUAUAGAAAAUGUUUAAAGAUAGUAUGUAAGCCAGAAAAUUAUUUAAA